AUGGAAGAAGGAACCGCCAGCACCAACCCUUUGGAACCUCCGCCGCUCCCUUACUCAUUACGGACACGAAAGAAGUCAAUCGCGAUUUUUUGGAUAUUAUUCGUUAUUGAUGCCCUCGCUCAACCCAUAGCGCUUUACUUUGGUCUGUGGUAUGGCACUAACCUGUCGCAUAACUUGGUCUUUACCAUUGUGACAGCUUCAUUGGGAGGAAUUUCUGUAUUUGAAUACUUCUACCGGCUCUAUAACUUGUUCCGAAAGGAUUCUCGCGCUCGACCGUUGAACGCACGAAAAUCAUGGCUGGAUUUCUUCCAUAUCAAUUUCACCAUCGUCUGGCUGAUCCUCGCCGUUGAACUCAUCGUGGGAACCGUCCAGCCGGAACCCUAUGUGCGACUAGUAGCCAUGGUUCUCCCAAGCGUCAUGUUCUACUUCGGUGGUGUCUACUUGGCCCUCGAUAUUCUCCGUGUGCUAGGUUUCAAGGCUCCUUUCCGAAUUUCCUCGACCCCAAAGGGCUCUACAAUGCCCACAGCUUUAUAUGUCAUGAUCGAAGAUGUGGUAGCAGUGGAUGGGGGCGGGGGCCAGAAGUUCCGGUAUGCCCUUCGAGUCCGGUAUCUUUCAAGCCCAUACUUCCGCCGUAUGCUCUUUCAAAUGAACUGUUUCUGGGCCGGGGGCUCCAUUAUUUUUGCCGCCGCCAUCACUGCAAUUGUUUUUACGACACCAAGACCUGUUGCAUACACGCUUGGGUGGUCCUUGCCGUUCGCUUGGGCCGGCGUCUGGACGCUAAUUACCAUCCCGUGGGUCCAAAGUGAUCUUCGUCGUGAGAAGAAGGCAUGGGCUGAAAACCGCGGUCAAGGAGGUAUUCCAUACACGGAUGAUAUUAGCGCGCCGGCUGAUCGGACUCGCCUCGAGUCAAUACACGAACAUUUAUGGCCUUGGGGCCGCGAGAAAAACAAGGAAAAGCCCUCUACACAAUCUACCCCGUCUGACGGCCAUUCAAACGUAUGA